CAAGAUCCAGUAAAACUAAACAAACGUUUAGAUCACAGUUGACACAACACCGAUCAGUGGGUAGUGUUAGUACUAUUGCCAGGUCACGGACGUGGCGUGUCUCAGACUGUAAGAUGAAGAGUUGGAGAUUGUAGUGUGUCGUCAAGCCAGACUGCCGGUCAACAUGGCUAUGGAGUGUGUGGAUUCAUCCCCGAGCGACUUGUCUAUUCCUGAGAUCCCAGCAUGGUUGCAUUCUUACACCAUCAAGAAGCAUCUUACAUCGUAUGCUGAAGCCAAGAAGAUUAAAAACUACAGGCGUGCAGCACAUGUGUGCCUGUGGGCGCGACUGGAAGGCUGGUCAAUGUUUGGCCGGCUGCGUGGAGCAGUCAUGAUGCAGCUGAGAUUUGAUGGGACGUUUGGCUUCCCUGGUGGUCUGAUAAGUGAAGGAGAGGAUGUGGUGGAAGGCCUCAACCGUGAGCUCAUGGAGGAGAUUGCCUGGAAUCCAACAGUUGCCCCGGUCACCUGGAAUGACUACUACAACACACAGGUGGAUUCUCCCCACAACUUGGUGCUGCAUUUCUUCAUCAAGCAGUUGACACUUGGGCAGUUCUGUGACCUUGAAAAAGCUUGUCCACAGUGCUCUGAAUACGGGAAGGAGGUGAUGGGCAGUGUGCGUGUGCCUCUGUACACCAUGCACAACAUGUACAGUGGGUUGCCAGCGUUCCUUAACAACAAGUUCACGAGCAUUGCCAAGGAACAAUUGCUGCUUUCCCUCUACCAUGUCAAGCUGCUCUCAGAGGAGGAGGUCAAGCUAGCAAUCCUUCACAGCCAAGCUGAUCAACACAGACUCACACGAUGAUGGCCAUUGCUAGUGUUCUACAGCACAACAGACUUGGAGGGCUACUAAGAAACACCUUGAAGUGAUAGUGACCACAAAAGUCCUAGUUAAUAGAUUUGUGACUUGCUUUAAUCAGCAGCAACAGUUACUGAUGCUCAAUGUUAGCUUGAGCGAAGAAGCCUCAGUGCCUCAAACAAACGAACAGUGUUUACACCAGCUUCCUCCACACACCAGAGCUCCUCACGUCCAGAUCCAAUUUGUGUUGAGUGCCAAAGAUUGUUCAACUGUUUUAAGAGGUGACCAGACAACCAAAGGGUUUUGUGAAGUGAGGACAUAAUGAGGACAGAAUGUGGGCUCAAGGCAAGACUAUCCUGUCAGUCUGACAAUUGAGUGGUCCCAACAAUUAGACUCCUCUGCAUUCCAGCCAAGCUUGAUGCCAGUAAACAGUAACCAGCAACCAUUCAAAUACAGAAUACCAUCACCUGUAAGAAAUGUGUUCUGUGUUGAAUAGUUACUGUAUGUACUGUGAUAAUCCCUCUGUUCUCUUUUAACCUUCUUUGACAUUUUUCUCCUAACAAUGACUAUUACUGGUGUCACAAGCUGGCUUCCCUCAUCCUCACCUGUCACAUUCCACACUCAGGUCCUCAGUGGUCAACACUCCCCCUCAUAACAUACAUCUCUGUUCCUGUUCCUCUCUUCUCUUGCAGUUGGCCACCAUUGCACUUAUUCUUGCCUUAACCACCAACUAGCUUCCUCAGGUUCCUACAUGUCAGUCAGUCAAUCCUCUCCAGCUUUUGUUUCCUUUUGUACUACUUCAGAGUUAAUUUUCCUUUUCUGUCAUCCUUAGUUACAGACUAUCCCACUCUACAUGUGUCUCUGGCUUCUCUGCAUGUAUUGUGGUUUCCUACAUUAUCUUAUGACUGUCAUUGCAAUGUUGUGACUACAGUGCAAAAACUAUGGUCUGCAUUAUGAAGAAACCUUGAAAAGAAGGUGCUAAAAAAUAGAUUUUAGUUUAGACAAUGAUGGAAAUAUUUGAAUUGUUGUUUGUUGUUUUUAAUUUGAGUCUAUCUGAAACAGAUUAUCCUCACAAUCCAAUGUGCUGUUUAUAUGCAUAGAUUAUAAUAGGUUGUAUAUAUUUUUUUGUGAUUCUGUAUUGUUUCUGGCAACAAAUAAUCACAAUUUUUCUUUCUUCC